UCCAAAAAAUAAAGAGUAUUUUCGGUGACACGCGUAGCUUGAUACCUUAGUCCGACGGAAGUAGCCGGCGGGGACGAAAGGAGAAUUGGUAUGGUGCGGGUAUAACUCCAUCUCCAUGUCCAUGACCCAGAACUUGGAGUUCAAUCACAAUCACAAUCACAAUCACAAUCACUUUCACUGUCAUAAUCAUGAUACUACCAGUUGUAAAAUUAGGGGCCCUCGCCAUUAAAACCAUCUGUAAACCCAUUGCCAAUCGCCUCAAGAAGGAAGCUGGCUUGCACCCAAAGUUCAGGAACCUCAUCAUCAAACUUGCCCAGACAAACCACCGACUUACAACUCAAAUGCAAAGACGGAUUUAUGGACACGCAACUGAUGUUGAAAUACGCCCGCUAUAUGAGGAGAAAGCUGUUCAAGCUGCUGCAGAUUUUCUUGGUGAACUUUUUGUAUUCUCGGUUGCUGGAGCUGCAGUUAUUUUUGAGGUGCAAAGAAGUGCAAGAUCAGAAGCAAGAAAGGAGGAAUUGCGCAAACAAGAAUUACAGGAAAUGAAGCAGAGAGAUGAUGAUAUAGAAAGAGAAAUUGAGCUUCUGAAGCAAAAGAUUGAAGAGAUAGAACAUCUUGCAAAAGGAAGAUGGAUUUCAGGUAUUUUCAAAAUCAGGCAUCCUCAUUCAACUGAAGAUGGAAAAACAAAGGCCAUUUGAUCACAACACAGUCAAUCAACUAUGGCACACCCUUUCAUCUGAAGAACUAACAUUCCUUACUUUGCAACAUUGUUGACUCUUUAAUUAACAUCUUGAUUUCUAUUUUUUUGGCUAACUUGUAUUGGUAUGAACAUUUUUAAUUUCUGACAGAAUAAUAAUAUGACUGACUUUGAGCCCUUCAAA